GACCCAACGGAAUCACCAAGCUUUGCAGUAGCUCUCCACCUGCUGCAACGGUUCGGGACCGCCGCAGUCUGGUUGUUUCUCUCUCCGUAUUAAUAGUCGGCAGGGGCUCACCCACAUCACUUUGGAAGUACAAGAUUAUCCUUGAGUGCCCGCUCUUUCCCAUUCACCAAGUGCUGGUCUGGUGAAUUGUUCCUGUCACGGUUACAAGUCUGAAGUUUUGUGCACUUCCUACAAUUGCUGCUUUUUCUUUCUUCCGCUCGAUCAGAGAGGAAGGGGAAGUUAAUAUUUAAAAGUGAAGUACAUGUGUCGUUUCCGUGACGGGUGACACCUUAUUCUUCUUUUGGUUUAAUCCUGGAUCUCUUAGAUGAAUUUACAUGUAAAUUCAAUGAAAACCAAGAAUGGGCUGUGAUAGCUGCAUGCAAAGAUGAAAACUAACCAUGGAUUCCUACAUCAGUUUUGAAAACCAAAUCAUGGAGUGGCCUUCAACUGUGCGAGCUUCACUGUGAAUAACACUGAUUAGUUUUAAAAGAAAUUCAUACUGCUACAAUUGAGUAACAUAUUUAACCAGCGACCAUGAGACUGUUUUUUAGGAAACGCUUUGGACCUGUCAAACUUGCCAUGGUUAGCGUAUUAUUUAUGAUAUUUAUAUUCAUACUUCAAAGAGAUAUUGUCAAACGAAGCCCAAAGGAUGACUCUUGGUUUAAAGACUUGUCCGGCGGGAAAGACCGCAUGCUGGGAAUUAUGUUUGGAGCAGUGAACAAUAUCCGGGAUUCGAUGCCCAAGUUUCAGAUCAUUGCUCCAGAUCGAGAUCAAGAGCCUGUUGAUGACAGCAAGUCCUGUUUACCAGGGUUUUACACUGGUGCAGAACUGAAGAUCUUUCUUCUUCGCCCUCCUGAGGAUCCUAAUGCACCGGGUGCUGAUGCAAAGGCAUUUCACACCGACAAUCUCUCACCAGAGCAACAGGAGGAGAAAACACGUGGCCUUGACAAACACUGUUUCAACGCCUAUGCCAGUGAUCGCAUCUCCUUACACAGGACCCUUGGACCAGACACACGGCCUCCAGAGUGCAUUGAACAGAGAUUCAAACGUUGCCCUCCUCUACCUUCAACAAGUGUGAUUAUAGUGUUUCACAAUGAGGCCUGGUCCACCUUGUUGAGGACAGUGUACAGUGUGAUGCAUACUUCUCCAGCCAUACUCCUAAAGGAAAUCCUAUUAGUGGAUGAUGCCAGCACAGAUGACUAUUUAAAAGAACAACUGGAUGAAUAUGUAAAACAGUUCCGGAUAGUGAAGGUUGUCCGACAAGUGGAAAGGACAGGAUUGAUAACUGCAAGGCUCUUGGGGGCUAGUGUCGCCACUGGAGAAGUGCUGACUUUUCUUGAUGCUCACUGUGAGUGCUUCAAUGGCUGGCUGGAACCUUUGUUGGGAAGAAUAGCUGAAAAUUACACAGCCGUGGUAAGCCCUGACAUCACUACCAUUGACCUCAAUACCUUUGAGGUAUCCAAACCUGUCCAGUACGGAAGGCAGCACAAUCGAGGUAACUUUGACUGGAGUUUGUCAUUUGGCUGGGAGGCCAUUCCAUCUCAUGAGAUAGAAAGAAGAAAAGAUGAAACCUACCCAAUCAAGACUCCUACGUUUGCUGGUGGCCUCUUUGCGAUCUCCAAAGCUUACUUUGAGCUGAUUGGAACAUACGACAACCAGAUGGAAAUAUGGGGAGGAGAGAAUGUGGAAAUGUCAUUCAGGGUCUGGCAAUGCGGAGGGCAAUUGGAAAUCAUUCCCUGCUCAGUGGUGGGCCACGUGUUCCGCACCAAGAGCCCUCACAGCUUCCCAAAAGGUGUGCAAGUAAUUGCCCGCAACCAAGUGCGGCUGGCAGAAGUCUGGAUGGAUCAGUACAAGGAGUUGUUUUACAGGAGAAAUCAGCAAGCAGCAAAGAUGGCACAGGAAAAAAGUUAUGGAGAUCUUUCAGAAAGGUUUCAGUUGAAGGAGCAAUUAAAAUGCAAGAACUUCACCUGGUACCUGCAAAAUGUGUAUCCUGAAAUCUUUAUACCUGAUUUCUCUCCAGUGCGUUAUGGGGCAAUUAAAAACCAGGGAACAGGAAGCUGCCUGGAUGUUGGGGAAAACAAUCAUGGUGGGAAACCGCUGAUAAUGUAUCCAUGCCAUGGAAUGGGAGGCAACCAGUAUUUCGAAUACACAUCUCUGUCUGAAAUACGACACAAUAUUGGGAAGCAAUUGUGUCUUCAUGCUGUGUAUGGCCCAGUUCGAUUAGAGCUAUGUAAAUACAAAGGAAAGGAUUCAAGAGUGCCAGGAGAGGAACGCUGGGAAAUUUUAAAUGGCAACCUAAAAAAUUCUGCCACAAAUCGGUGCUUGACUGCAUCAGGACAGAACCCAACCAUGGCCUUGUGCAACUCUGCAGACCCGUAUCAGCAGUGGUCUUUUAUCUAGCCACCGAGGGAGGAGCUGCCCCGAGAAAGCAUCAGAAUUCUUCCAAGUGGACAACACUGAAGUGGCCUGAUUUAAAAGCCAGCCUUUCACCAUUGAACCUUUCUGUGGCUGUAUUUUUGCCUCUAGUAUAGAGAGCAAAGAAGUCUCGAAGAUUGUGGAUUUCCACACUAUUUUUCCAUGUUCAAAAAGUUGUGUCCCAUUUGCUCUGGAAUUGAAGUUAUCCCCUUCUAAUUAUUUUGUAUAUUUAAAAUUUAGCUUGCCCCAUCACCUCAUUGUUAAAUAUUCCUGGUUUUAAAAUGAAUAUAAUUUGCACUGAAAAAGAGACUGCAUUAGUUUUUAGGAACCUCUCCAUGGUCUAGAAGACUUACGUGUCAGAUUUAGUUGGAUUUGGAUCAGAUUCAAUUUAUAUCAAUUUAGCAUUGUGACCCAAAGCAAGGCAGUUACAAAAUCUGAUAACCGUCUUAGUGAUGUACUUUCAUGUAUUAUGCAGCAGGAAGUGAAUUAGAAUGAACUGGGCUGUCAUUUUCUUCCUGUUAAUGGGAGAAAGGGAAUAGGGAGAUUAUUGUCUGAACUUGUGCCUUGAUAUUGUCUUUAGCCAAAUAUGGCUGAAAAUUCCUCAAAUUGUGGGUCGGGCAGUGAAUCAUUUAAAAUACAAUCUGGUACAAUCAAAUUCAAAUUUGAUGACAUUCACUUUAAUAGUCUCCACCAUUCCAUGCUGUCUAAGAUCUCAACAAAAUUCCUUAAACACCAUGAUACCCUGAGUGCAGCAACAAAAAUACAAUUAUGUGGGAUUCCUAUUGCAAGGUGCUAAUUAAGUAUAACAUGCCAAUAAAUGGGAAGCAUACAAGGCAGGGCCCUAAAUGGUAAAUGCUCAACCUUAGUCAGGCUGCCAGAGUGACAAAUAUAAGGAAGGGAUUUCUCAAAAUAAAAAAAUUGGGAGAAUUAGUUUAUUCAGAAAAUCUGCAUUUGAUGUUAUUGCAUGUCAGAACAUAAUACUUACUGAAAAGCUUGGGCUUGGAUCCAGGUUUAGUCUCUGCCAUCUAAUUUGACAGUGCAGCGCUCCUUCAGUAGUAGUAUUUUUUGGAUGAGAUAUUGGAUUGAAUUUGCCCCCAUGGUACAUAAAUGCAGAUUUUUUAGCUCAGUUUGGAGCUUAAUUAUGAUGACUCAUCAUAUGUCUUAAUGUAAAUUACAGUAUAUUGUCAAAAUCAAAAUUUUCAAGUUUGACAUUUGGCACACUGUAUCAGAGCACUAUCAAUGAGAUGGCAAGAGAGCUGCUUUCCUAUGAGGUUAUAAACCCUCUCUCAACUGUUCACCAAAGAAAGAUAUAGAUGGGAAAGACAUUUCUCCUGGAGGCAGCGGGAUGGUAAAAGUGUGUCACUUCAAAGUUAACGUUGUAAGAAAGAGAAGGGCACAUGGGCACACCGGAAGGAUCAUGUUGAAAGGGACCAGAAAAAAAAUACUGAAGUACCUUGAAUCAUUCAGGUGAAACUUUUCCAGCAGAAAUCUGGUGACAAUUGUGUUUUGGUUUUUGAUAUUCUUCAAUUAGUACAAAUUGAAUUUCUGAAAGAAUAAUGUAUCAAAUGGGAGCAAAAUAUUAAAGGGAAAGUGUAACCCUGAUCUAUGAUUGAGUUAUUCCCAUUCUAAGCCUUGCAAAUGGGAAGCUCCCUCCGGUACUUUACUGUUGUUGGUGUCAAAAUUUGCCUGUAGAUCACUGUUGCCCUUGAGCUGCAAGCUGCAUUGUUGUCAUAUUCUGAUGUACUGGAUUUCUUCCUGGAGGGAGCUUUCUUAGUCCAGUACCUUUCCAUUGUGUGGUUAACAUAAAAUGCUUGUAACACAGGAUUGUAGCCUGUGUUUACAUCACCACAUCUGGAAGAUGAAACCAAUGUACCUGUGCCUUGCUCUCAUUAAACUGUAGGAUAUAUGCUUCCCCCACUGUUUGGAUUCACUUGCCGAGUUCGUGAACGGUUCCAGGUUUGUAGCUCAUCAGUACUGAAUUAGCUGGUUCCAGUUGAGAUUGCAACAGCAGCAAUUGCAUUGAAUGCCUCUGGACUGAAAUAGCUGGCUGCAAUUCCCUUGUCUAAUUCUUACAAAAUGAUAUGCAAAAUGAGGAUUAACACUGAAAUAGUCUGCUAAUAUUGACCAUGCAGGUUUAGGCAAUAAUCCCCACUUAGAUAACAGAGCAAGGCUGGUGUUGAGGAGCCAUUUCAGCAAGGAGUACCUACAGAAGGACAGAAGAAGCAAUUGACAAGGGAAAAUUAAAAUGAAAAAUUAAACUGGAAAAUGUGGAUUUAAAUUUAUUGCUCAAGGACAAUGGAAUGUGACCAAUAAAUGAACAGCAUGGAACAUGAGAUUGCUUUUGCAAUCAGAUUUGGAUUUGUGCUUAAAUGAGGUUGACAUUAUAUCAUGAAUAUAACCCAGGUAUGAAGAAGCUAUAGCAUUAAAUCAUAAUAGGUACAUUACAAGGAGUGGCUUCUUGAAGCACAGUACUGCUGUAGACUGCCCAGCCAUUCGAUCACUGAUCAGAAUUCUGGAAUUGUCAGAAGUGUUCUGUCUAGGUGGGGGUGGGGAAAUGGCAUCUGAACCAACUUUACGGGUAAACAUGGAGUUUUUUUUCUUUAGAAUGCACUCAGCUGCAUUUCUGGAGAUGAGUGAGAUCAGCAAAAAUGGGGUCUGUAUAUGAGCAUUGUAUAAUUUUAGAUUAAUAUAAAUGCUUACAAUCUACUUUGCACAUUGUUCUGAAUGUGUGUUAACAGCACAGUCAAAGGGUUUCAGGUCAUUUUGAAUUAUCUAAAUUCCUAAACUGUUAACAACUGUGGCUUCAUAAAGGUAACUGUGCUGAUCCCACUGAACUGCAAGAGGCUGUUUUGACUGUGGGUUAGUGAUUUCCUAAUUUAAUAUUUCAUAUUUUAAUUGAAAUGAAAACUAUAUUUUUCUAAUUUUUUUAGAAUAUUACCUUGUAAAAUGCUCUGCUUUGUGAUUGCACUUCUGUAAAUGUGAAAACAAUAUCCCACUGGUAAACAAGCACCAAAGAACCUCUAUCUUCUCUUCACAAUAUCAUUCUAGUAAUCAGUCACGGGGAUGAUCAUCUUGUACUAUGGUGAGCCUAAACUUGCUGUUCCUGGAUAAAUUUAUAAUUUGGCCAACAAGCCUGCAAUCAAUUCACCUAGUCAUCUGUCUAAUGGGUUGUUCGUAUUCUGCUUGGACUCUGAGCUUGUUUUAUGCAACACAAUUGUAACUAGCAGUUGUAUUCAGUACUAAAUACUGAUUUAUUCAAAUAGGAUGUGAAAGACCUCCAAAAGGCAGAAUGUUGCUAUUGCACCAAUCUUCACCUCCUCUUCCCCAGCUACUGCCAUCACCAGGUUGAUUUUUCAAUUAAAUACUGAUUUUUUUUUUAAAAUUAGCUUUCAGGGUGUUAUAAUAAUUCUUAAAUGUGAUGUCUAACUUUGAAGAACUUCAAUCUCAAUAUUUGUAGAUCCAAAGAAUUCAUCUACUCUUGACUGCAGGCAGCUAUGUUAUGUACGUGUUUCCUGUUGUAUGAUGUUGUACAGACUACUAUCUGCAGCAAAGUCUAGAUUGUUCUAUUAGAAAUGAACGGAAGGUGGUUUAAAUAUUGGGAAAAUUGAGUAAAUGCUCGUGAAUGUUACCAGUGCAACUUGCUGUAUUAAGAAAUCCCUCUUUUUAAAGAUGCAGGACUGCUCCUUAUGGUUCAGUGAAUAAAUACACAACCCUCUGUACUGCUGAGUCAUAAGGGUCAGGGAAGGCUUAAGUUCAUUUCCCAUCUUAUGCUUCACUAGCUGGGUAUCCUCAGCCUCCUCUCACCCACCUUCCCUCAAGAAUGCAAUUCCCUACUCCCAAUUCCACCAUCGUGUCUGCUCCCAAGAUGGGAGUUCCACUCCCACACAUCCCAGAUGUCCACAACUUCGGUGGUCAAAAAUGCUCUCAUUGCAUUUCUCGCAUCUCUGCCAUUGCAUCCCCUCUCCUCCCUCUUUUUCCCCCCCCCCCAACAAAAACAAAGACAGAAUCCCCCUUGUCCUCACAUAUCACCCCACCAACCUCUGUAUCCAACGUAUCAUUCUCCACCACUUCCGCCACCUACGAUCCGACCCUGCAACCAAAGAGAUGUUUCCCUCCCCACCCCUAUCUGUCUUUCAUAGGGAGUGCACUCUCAGCGACUCCCUCAUCCGCUCCACAGUCCCCACUAGCCCCACAACCCCUGCCACCUUUUCCCUGCAACCACAGGAAGUGAGUUUUGAGAAGAUUUGUAGCUCAGGUUGAGGUUCUGGAUGUAAGUUUGCUCGCUGAGCUGGAAGGUUAGUCUUCAGAUGUUUCGUC